UUGAGCGAGAAAUUAAACAAAGGUGGUAUUGCUGUAAUGCUUGCAGUUAUUGCUGUAUGAAGUAUAUAAUAUACUCCUUGUAUUAGAAAACGUACAGUCGGCUUAAUAUCUAGCUGAUAUAUUAGUAAUAAUCAAAACUAUCAUUAUUACCUUAAUUGAGCGUUAAAAGAUGGUGGGAAUAAGAGCCGAUGAAAUAGAUGAUGAAACACAUGAGAGAAAAAGAGGUGAGUUUGAAUUCCCAAAUGAAAAUUUGGACGAAUCACAAGUUCUUGAUUCAUCAUAUGAUUACAAAGGAAGGAUUCCUCGUCGAGCUUCAACUGGCUCAUGGAAAGCAGCCUUCUUCAUCAUAGCAAUUGAGUUCAGUGAGAGACUGAGUUACUUUGGAAUAGCACCAAAUAUGAUAACAUACAUGACAAAAGUGAUGCACCAAGACCUGGAAACAGCAGCCAACAGUGUGAAUAUAUGGUCUGGAGUUGCCACAGUUAUGCCAUUGCUCGGUGGGUUUCUAGCAGAUGCAUAUACUGGUCGCUAUUUCAUGAUUCUUUUCUCUGCCAUCCUCUAUGCACUGGGUUUAGGUGUAUGGACCAUGUCUCAAUACGUUCCGAGCUUUAAACCUUGUGGUGCGACCUUAACUACAUGUGAGCAUGUUAACAAGGUCCACGAGGUGGUCUACUUUGUAGCGGCCUACCUCGUGGCCCUAGCAACAGGAGGUUACAAGCCAUGCUUAGAAAGCUUUGGGGCGGACCAAUUCGAUGACAACCAUACGGAAGAAAGGAAGCAAAAGAUGUCGUUUUUCAACUGGUGGAACAUUGCUCUUUGUACUGGCCUCUUCACUGGGGUGACUUUGAUUGUUUAUGUGCAAGACUACGUUAGUUGGGGCCUCGGGUUUUUAAUCCUGGCCAUAACUAUGGUAGCCAGUGUCUUGGUUUUUGUUCUUGGAAAGCCUUUUUAUCGAUAUAAGGCCGUGGUUGGGAGCCCCUUAACCCCAUUGUUGCAAGUCUUGGUUGCUGCCGUGGCCAAAAGAAAUCUAGUUUGUCCGUCAAAUCCGUCCUUGUUGUAUGAUGAAGCUCCCAAUUCAGGGAACCUCAAAAGCGAGCGUUUAGGUCAUACAAACAGACUCAGAUUUUUUGACAAAGCUGCUAUAAUAGACAAUCAUGAAAGUAAUGAAGUACAAUUGAAGAAACAAAGUCCAUGGAGGCUAGCAACCGUGACACAAGUGGAGGAAUUAAAACUCGUAAUAACCAUGGUUCCCAUAUGGUUAACUUCCUUGGUGUUUGGCAUAGGCGUUGCACAAGGCACCACAUUCUUCGUUAAACAAGGGAGUGCAAUGGAUAGGAAAAUUUCCAAACACUUUGAAAUCCCAGCAGCUUCUAUGGCCACCCUAAUAGCCCUAGGGAUGAUUACAACAAUCGCCUUUUACGAUAAAGUCUUACUCCCAUACUUAAGGAGAGCCACGGGCAAUGAGAGAGGCAUCAACAUCCUUACAAGAAUUGGCAUUGGUAUGGCUUUCUUAAUCGUUGCAAUGUUGACAUCAGCCUUGGUUGAGAGGGAACGAUUAAAGGCCUCGCUAGAAGGGAAAAUAAUGAACGUGUGUUGGCUAGUGCCCCAAUUCUUGAUCCUCGGUAUAGGGGAUGGGUUUUCCCUAGUAGGAAUGCAAGAAUACUUCUAUGAUCAAGUUCCUGACUCGAUGAGGAGUUUAGGAAUGGCGCUUUACCUUAGUGUUAUCGGUGUUGGGAGCUUUAUGACAAGCUUUUUGAUUACUAUUGUGAAUCGUGUGACUACUAUGCAUGAAGGAAGUAAAUGGAUAGGGAAGGAUUUGACGCAUAGUCGUCUUGAUUAUUUUUACUGGCUCUUGAUGAUCAUUUUUGUAUUGAAUAUGUGUGUUUUUAUGUUGUUGGCUAAGAACUAUAGAUACAAAUCUGUUCAAAGAAGCAAAGAAGUUAUUGUAGACGAUUUUGAUUCUUGUGAUAGCAAGAAGAAACUGGGAUUGGGUGGUGUUUAAAUUGAAUAUAUGUAUGUUGACAUUGAAAUGCUCAAUCACAUACUCCCUUUGUCUCAUUUUAGUUGUUUAAAGAAGUAUUUCGUACAUGUUUUGUAAUU